AUGCAAUCCACCCAGUGGCUCUGCGAAGCUUGCAACGCUUCAUUCCACCGACCCGAACACUAUCAGCGCCACAUCCGCACUCAUACUAAAGAAAAGCCCUUUGCUUGUGUUGAGUGCGGCCAACGAUUCAGUCGAGUGUCUGCCCUCACUACCUUAGAUUCACUUGCUCGUCAUCACGGCACAAAACAUGAACACAUCGUCCCCAAUGGCAGUACGCAUACCAAUGAGCGACGCCGGGUAGCACAGGCAUGCAAGCAGUGUAAUCUGUCCAAAGUUCGCUGUGACGGACAGAGCCCGUGUCAGAGGUGUCAGAGAAAUGGGGCCGACUGUGUCUACCAGUCGCCCCAGAAGCGCAAUGUCAAUUCUGCUGCUACAACACACUCUUCGAAACCAAAACGGCACCGUGGCACAGCUACAUCUCAGAACUGGGAACCUUCUCUUACAACGGAUCAGCAAGGUGACGGAAGAGCAUCAGCCCAGCUCCCAGAUAACUUUGUCUUACCACCAUCACCAACCAUACAUACAAUGACUCAGCUGCAGCCUAUAUCGCCAACAGUAAAUGCUAGGAGCAUGGAAAACGCGGAGGCGUUCGGAAUUGGCAGCCACCUUACAAGCCAGAUUCCAGCAGCUACGCACGAGAGUACAUCAGCAUUGUUCGCUACGGAUGCGAUGGGAUUCGAAGGUUUCUUGGGAGUUGACAUCGAUGCUAAUGUGCUAUCUAAUAUCCUAGAGCAGACCCCUCCAUCAGAUGGCGAUUUGAAUGAUUUGUGGUUGGCAUCAGCAGAGACGGAGCCCUCGUAUUUUUCACUGAAUACAGCCUCGAGGAUACCUAGGCCAUUCCCGCCCUUGACACCAACUGCAGUUGCCGAAAUCUACCGUCGUAGUCACUCGCUGGAAACCGACGAAGCCAUGGAACCAAGACGGUAUCACCCGACUGCUAUCAAUAUCGAUGCGCAGUUGUCCUUUCCAGAUAUGGAGGGCCUAUCUAUGGAACAAGUGGAUGAAGAGAACUUUGCCCACGUAAACGAUGUGCCUGCUACAGCUGUGGAAGAAGUGCAUCGUGUUGCGCGGAUCAUGGAAAGAACCCCGACCUUUCCACCGUUUACUGAGCUGAGAAUCCCACCCUUGCCGGUGAUCAAUUCUUGGGUGCAGCUGUACUUUGAGCACUUCCAUCCUGUUUUCCCCGUUCUACACAAGCCGUCUUUCUGCACCCCGGGCACGCAUUGGCUCCUUAUCUUUGUCGUGAGUGCCAUCGGUGCUCAAUUCUCCGGGCUCCCACAUGCGCAGACCUGUUCAAGAGCUAUGCACGAGCUGGUGCGACGCCAGUCCGUGCAUCUGUGUGAGAAUCUGAAUGUACAUGCCCGGGAGCUGUGGCUUAUGCGGGUCUUCCUUCUCAACCUACUGGGGCUGCGGUACUCUGGCGAACGAAGGGCCCUAGAACUCGCUGAAGUGUAUCAAGCCCUUCCGGUUACCGUGGCUCGGCGAAGUCAAAUACUUAGAAGCAUUGUAUCUCUCCAAAAGAUCUUUCAGCUAGAGCUUCCAAAUACCCAAAAAUGGCAAAUUUGGACCCUUGAUGAAGAGAGACGACGCACUGGUUACGCUAUUUGGCUAGCAGAUACGUCUUUCUCCACACAUUUCGAUCUAUCCUCUGUAGUAAGGGACGAUGAGAUGCAGAAUACCCUACCCCAGGCAGAAGAGCUCUGGGAAGCCACGACAGCACAGGGCUGGGCUACUUUCUCAACACGCACAAGCCGAAACAAACCCCUUACAUUAGAGCAUAUUACUUCUGAUAGAAAUUGGCCGGCUAUCUGGUCUAAAACUGGCACUCUUGGGAAGCAAGCCAUUAUUCAGCUUCUACUCAAUGCCGUCAGUAACCACCAAAGGUUAUCAGGAUCCCCAUCAUUUGAUUCAAGUGAAGUGAAUGAAGAUUUGAGACGACUAUUGGAGCUCACAGAGAAUGAGGAGGCACUUUGCUCCACCGAGCUCAGAGUCUGCGCGACUCACAGGCUCAUGAUUCUCUAUGCCCUCAUGACCAACAAUAUUCCCAAAGUGUCACUACUACCUACAGUUCUUAAGAUCAAGGGCCGACAUCUAAGCGAGUUUGACUUAGGUAAAUUAGCUGAUGAAUGGGGCGCUGUGUCACAUCAAGGAAGAUCAGCCUUUUUCUACGCCGCACGGGUACUCGAAACCGUGCGAUCCCAUCACUGUACGCACUAUUGUACACCUGUUUUCUUCUUCAGAGCUGUCCUAGUGAUAUGGCUAUACUCUUCACUCUGCACCCCCCAAGGCCACCCUACUCCCGCGACUGAGGCGCCAUCGAUUACCCUCCGUUCGCCGGACUGGGGUGGCUUGGAUGCUGUUGAAUGGAUCAGCACCGGCUGGGGUCGUAUCAAGCUGCCCGGGAUUGGCGAUAUCAUGACUGGUCGAGGCCGCUCCAGAUUUCUAGAUGAGUCCAUUUUGAGCCUCAGAACGCUGAAGUACUGGGGUAUCAGUAGGAUCUACGAGCAAGUUCUGACAAGGCUACAAGCGCCUUGA